AUGCAUUGAUUGCAUGUGUGCUUGGCUUGCAUCAGCCAAUGGAUCGGUAGAUACAAGACGUUCACUGUGUACGUAGGUGGCAUGUCCCACAGACACACACAAGAGCUGAGCUAGCUGCACACUGCACGCAAAUCACAGUAAGUAACCUGUCGUAAGUAACCUGUACGUAGCAAUUAAUUGCUGGCUGCCCGAGCAAGCAAAGGGCAGCCAGGUCCAUUUUGGUCGGAAGGAUGCGAUAGACAUUCCUUCUCUCUGUCUGUCUGUCUGUCUCUAGCACAUGCUGGCUGGCUGCAGAAUGGGGUGGCUGUGCUGCAUACAUGGCCUUCACAUAUGCAGCAAGGUAAGUCUGCAAAACCGACAACCAACACGAGCCGAGCUGGGCCGGCCUCGACUUGUACACGUACGUACGACUGACUGAUUGAAGGAUGCAAGCACAUAUGAUACACCAACGGAUGGAUGCACGAGGGAGGGAAGGAGGCCUGCAGGCACCGUGGAUUUGCCUCCUUUCCGUGCAGGCAGGCGGAAAAGCGUGGGCGGGUAGGAGAGAGGAGGAAGGCCCUAAGUCAUGACUUCGAUAAGACACCCUAGCUGGUCUCGCUUCGCUCGCUCAGGCAAGAGACUGCCAGUCGGGCCGGCCCGGCCCGGCUCAGCAGGGGAAGGAAUCAUACGACAGACAUCUCAAAAAAGGAUAUGUACACAGACUGCUUGCCUUGCCCUCAGACCCACCAGCCCUCCGCCAGUCCAUCCAUCCAUCCAUCCAAUGCUUCAAUCACAUCGACUGACUGAGUUGACCCCACUACUCACUCCUUGCGUGCCCUCCCGCCCCUUGCUCCUCUGGGCCGCCCCCGCCCCCGGCCGCCCCUCUUGCCUCUGCCCUUGACCUCGAUGCACUCGUACUCCUCCUCAGAGUCGCUGCCGCCCCUCCCGCCCUCAUCCAUGUCGCUGUUGUCACUGUGGCUCAGGCCAUACUUGCGCUUCCGUUUCACGCCUCGUGUCUUGGGCUUGUUGGCAGGGGCAUUGUCGGCCCCACCCUUCCGCCCCCUGCCGCCGCCGCGCCCUCCCCUGCCGGCCCUUGUGGUGCGUCUGCCGCGGCCGCCCCGCUUGCCGUGUGGGUGGUGUUGGUCCUCUAGCUCUUGGAGGAGCUGCUGCUCCAUGCGGGAGAUGCUCACGUCCACCGACUCCUUGCCGAGGUUCUCCCUCACCCACUCCUGAUGACCGAUCGAUGGAUGCACAGACACAGACAGACAGACAGACAGGCAUCUGUGUUGUCGCCUGCGGGUGAGUGUGUGUGCUGUGGUCAGUCACCUCGACGAUGUUGGUGUCGAUGUGGUCGUUGUGGUAUGCCUUGAGGAGGUUGAGAGUGAGGGAUUGGAAGGUCGACGGCGAGAAGACGUUGGUGGUGGCCUCGUCCACGGCAUACGUCCACUUGGGCUUCUCCUUCUCGCGACCGCCGCCCUCAGCCGACUGGUAAUCCGAUAUCCUGCACACCACACAAAGUGAACACACAUAGACCGACCUCCUUGUGCGUCUGUCUACCCCUCAUCCCAUCCUCACUCACUUUUGGUCGGUGAUGCCGUAUUUGUGUCUGAUGCUGGUCUUGAGCACGCCCGCGGCAGCACACACACAGCACCCGCCGAGCUUCUCCUUGCCCGUCAUGGCCAUCACGCCAUCCACCCGCACACGUCUCACAGAGGACCCGCCAGCAGCAGAAGCAGAAGCAGCAGCGGCAGCGGCAGCCGGCUGGCCGUUGUCAGGAUCACCAUCGACGGGGGACAUGGCUGCGUCUUGGCCCUGGCUGGUGGGUGUGUCAUUGUCACAGGUGGGUAGGAGGCACCCCUGGGACGAAAUCAGCGAGUUGAGCUCCGUCACGAGGACCAGCGCCUCAGACUCAAACUCCAGCAUGAGCGACCCCAGGAUGGACGCCACGUACUGCAGGUACGUCAGCGUGAAGUACAUCGACGCGGGGAACCCACUGUCGACAUCCAUCGGCUGGUGGUGCUCGUGGCCGUCGCCAUUUGGUUGCUCGUCUGUGUCUGCGGGGGGGUUGGCGGGCUGGGGCUGGUCGACGAGCAGCGAGUGGAAGGCGGGCGGUGGGGAGAGGUUGGCUUCUGCGAUGGUGGUGGCGAAUGACUCGAGGAAGCUGCGGUCGCUGCACUUCUCCAUCUGGUGACACAGGUUGCGCAGAAUCCUCUCGCGACUCUUCUGCACACACACACACACACACACGAGAGAACAUGCGUGGUGACGUGUGGUGUGGGUGCGUGUGGUUAUGUAUGUGUGUAUACGUACCUUGGUCUUUUGGCAUCUCUCUUUGUAGACUCUUGCGACGGGCUCGAUGACGCGCAUGUCGGGGGGCUGGAAGAGCUCCAGCUUGCCGGCGAAGUUGCGAUGGAUGGCCAGGAAGGACUCUCUGUGGACCGAUCACACACACGUCCGCACCAUGUGUGUGUAUGUGUGUGUGUGUAUACCUGAGGCAGUCUUCAAGACGAUUGACAAUGAUAUUGGGGUCGCGGUCAGUCAGAUCCUGAUGGUCGGUCGGACCAAGACGCACACAUGACACAACAAGCCCCUCCGCCCCUCCCGCUUCUGUCUGUCUGCCCAUUCCUUCACUCAUUCCUCGCACUCACUCCCUCACUGACUCACCUUGAUGAUCCUCACCGCCGGGCCGCGGACGUCUCCCUCGUCGCAGAAGUACAGGCAGAACAUGGGCGCCACAAUCUCGUGUGGGUUGAUGAGCCCCUGCCGCUGCAGCUGCUGCACCACCUUCAACGCCUCACAACACAGACCCUCCUCAGGGCUCAGCUUCCUCCGCCGAUCAUUCCUCUCGCCACCGCCACCAUUCUCACUGUUUGCUGAUGCAGGGGCGGCCAGCCGCACGCCACGCACGAUGGCGAGGAUGGCCGGCAGGUGGUGGCUGAGCGGGGCGGCGGAGUCCGUGGCCGUGGGCAUGCUCGCGGCCGCUGUGGCCGUGGUGGGGGUGGGGUGGGGGUGGUCGGCGGGAUGGGCUCCGCGCAGGGACAAGAGGCCGCCGUCACUCAGCUGCAGAGACAACGAACAGGGAGGGAGAGAGAGAGAGCCAUCGUGCUAUGUGUGCAGGCAGGCGAUGCGUGUGUCCGUGCGGCGGGCGGUCUUUACCGAAGCCGGUUUGUUGUGAGCCUCCUUGCUGCCGAGGUUCUGAUGGCGAGCAAAUAGAAUCACACGUCACCUGUGUUGUGGCGAUGCUGCCGCUGGUGCGUUAGUCAAUUCACCUCGACGGCCAGCUUUUCGAAUUUCUGCAGGAGGCUCGACAGCAUUUCGAGGGCAUUCGUCUGCAAUGCUGCUCACACACAGAGAGGGAGAGGGAGAAAGGCGGAGGGAUGUGCGAGUGUUCCGUGACAUCCCAGUGACAGACCCACCCACCUAUGGGUCGGCUCUGGUCCAGCGAAAAGGUGAUCGCAUCCUUCAGCCUGACGCACACAGGCCAGGACACAGACAGUGACAAACCAGCCCAGCCACUGCAAGUCCCGCAUCCCCGCCCCCCUCUCCAGUCCCCACUGUGUGUGUUACGCGUACGCACCGCGUCGAGUUGACGAACUGUCUAUGUGUGGCGUAGAACUCGCCACAGCUCUUGAGGAUGCCCCCCAGCGCCACGGCCUCGCAGGUCUGGAACUUGUUCAGACGGAUGAUGUCGAAGACGUCCAGCAGCAGCCCGUUGACGUACUCGAGGAAUUCGCCGCCGAUGCUCUCCUCCCACUUGCUGCUGGCCGGCAGCUGUGCGAUCAUGGUGUUGACGCCGUGGGUGAGCGACUCGAUAGUGAUGGCCUGCUCGCGCCGGGUGCCCCUGGGGUAGUUCUUGACGUGGGCGGUGGCCUUGGUGCUGCUGCUGGAGCCCUUGGACCGCACAGACGGCGUGGGCGACGUGGUGCCGUCAUCUGCUGAAGGCAGCAUCCAUCGACACAGCCAUGUGUGUACGCGUCAUGGGCAGAGUACUGUGCUGUGCUGUGCUGACCGUCUUUGCAGAGGUCGUCUGCACUUAGUAUGAUCUUGUCGAGUGGCAGGGCGGCGAGCAGACUGCCCAGCGCCAUCGCCACCCGGUGGGCAAUGACGAUGUGCUCCCUCGCCCUUGCCUGGCCCCUGGACUCGCUGAACUUCUUGCGCAGCCACGCCAGGUAGGCCACUCCGUGGACCAGCAGCGGCUCGAUGCAUUUCUUGUAGUCGUAUGUGACGUGCUGCACGACGGCUGCGAUGCAGGUGCGGGCGGCCUUGAUGAGGUAGCUGGGGGUGUUUUCCUUGAUGAUGCCGGCGAUGCUGUCGCUGUAGGUGGCGAGCUUGAGGAUGUCGUCUUGUGCCUUGGUGAGGGUGCUCUUGAGGCUGGCGGGGGUAUCCAUCGCUGGCAGCACCGCACUGAUGAUGUUUAGCACCUGAUGAUGCAUUCAGCACACCAACCAACACACCAUCCCUCUCUCUCUCUCUCUCUGUGUGUGUGUGUGUGUGUGUGUGGUUGCUCACAAUGGUGACGAGCAUUCCCUGGCUGGGAUUGAUGGCCACCUUGUCCUUGUUAAGGGUGAGGUACGGCGUGAAGUACUUGACGUUCUCGCCUAUGGCCGUCGGGGUGUAGGCACUCAGAAUGUGCAGACACUUCAGACACGCCAGACGCCGGGUCACUGCAACCACACACAACACACGCAACUCAACACCAUACGAUCGACACAUACAUGCCCCCUGCCGUCCACCCAUCCACUGGCUGUCUCUCUGACUCACGCACCUGUCUCACGUGUGUCGUUUCUCGCGCCGUCCUGUGAGCUGAGGAAUGAGUUGAGAAUGCGCGAGGUCCACGGUGCGAGCAUGGCCGAGCGGUCGCGUCUGUUGGUGCGCUUGGAUGUGGCCCGCUUGAAGAGUCUGUCGAGGAAGGACUCGGUGGCGCCGUCCAUGGCCGUAGCUGCCUUCAUGUUGAUGUCCAUGAAGAUGAUGCACGCCCGGUCGCUCGCACUGCCGGCCGAGCGGCCCUGGUCGAACCACAGCUGGUAGAAGAUGUCCAGGAUCUUGUCCUGCACGCUCUCCGUCUCGUCAGACGUCGUCACACUGCACAACGCAAUCGCCACACACACAGCCAUGCAUGUUUGUGUCGCUCUCGUUAGUGACCGGUCGAGGAACUUGUUAGCGGCGAGGCUGCAGACUUUAUCAUGGGCAGGGUUGUUGAGGCAGAACUCCGACAGUAUCUUGAUGGCCUUGGCCCGCACCAGGGGCGACGGGUCGUCCACACGCGUGACCAGUGCUUCGGCGAGCCUCUGGACGGUCUUCAUGAUGGUGUCGCUCUGCUCUUGGCCGGCCCUCGCAGUGUCGCUGUUGCUGUUGCUGUUGCUGCCGUUGUCGUCAUCUGCCGCCGCCGCCGCCGCCGCGGCUGCCGCUGCGUGUAGGCCGGGAUCGUCCAUGGCGUCCUCAGUGAGAGUGGUGGUGUCCUGCCGCAUCGUUGACAUCGAGGCGCUGCGCUCCGUGCCGCAAUCAAACUGAUCGGCGCAUCGAUGCAUGGAUGGAACCGACACACGCACAGAGAGAGAGAGAGAGAGAUGUGUGAAAAGUGUCAGUAAUGACUGAGGUGGCUCUCCUUUCGUACGUGUAUGUCGCCUUUGUGUCUGAAGACCACUUUCUCCAGCAGCUGGAGGGCCCGGUCGCGCACACGGGCAGCGCUGUCCUGACACACCAGACACAGACACACACACACAGACAGCCAGAUCAACGUAUAAGCGGUGCGGCGUGCUCCCUGGCGUGGCCAGGCCUGGCCCGCCUGAGAUGCUGACUGACUGACCUCGAUGCCGACUUCGACAGCGUUGACGAUCCACUGCUCGUAGUAGGAGUCGGUGAUGAGCGCAGGGUUGUCCGUCACGAUGUCCAGCAACGCGCCGAUAGCCGCACGCCUGAUCAACAGAUGGAUCGAUGGACGGAUGACCCACACACACACUCAGAUAAUCCAACGAUAUCUAUCGGCUGGCCGUUGAGUGACCAACUUGAGUGUAGGCUGCGCCCUGUUGUCGAGGUGUUUGAGUAUUUCGUUGACGAGGUUCCUUGGGAUGUUGCUGACGGCACGGGAGUAGAUGUACUUCCAGUAGAGCCGGAUGCCCUUGGGCAUCGGCUGGUACCCCUCUGCCGACCGGCCGCCGCGCACCGCCGACGUCGCCCACUCGGUGAAGUACCAUCGCUCCAGCACCGACCUCUCACUUGUGGCGCUGGCGCUCGUGGCGGUGGCAGAAGAAGACACCGCCUCACCGUCCUGACAGAACACCUUGUAUGAGUCACAUGGGAUGGUUUGUGUGCUGUGCCCUCUUUCUCUCUCUCUCUUUCUCACCUUUGGCUGCUGCUGCUGGUUUGUGUUGUUGCCGUCUUGUCCUCCGUCUUCUGAUGCGGGGUUGGUGUGGUGGGACUCACGGCGGCUGCGGGCGCCAGUCUGAGUGUAUAUAUGUGUGUGUGUGCCCAUGGCAUCCAUCCAUCGUUUCCUGUGUCAGUCAGUUAGUCAGUCAGUCAGGUGUGUACCGACCGACCUGUUUGUUCUGUUUGGGUUGGUCUUCGUCCAUGCAGAAGCACACCAGCGCACACCGCACGUAGUAGGGAUGCUCAUUCGUCAACAUCUGAUGGAUUCAACCCAUACACACACAGACACACAGACAGACACACAGAUAAACAGGACAUACACACAAUUGAUACCCCUCCUGUCUGUCCGUGUUCAUGACGCACGUAGGCAGGUGUGGAGUCGUCAGAGGUGGGGUUGGGCGACUGGCCCGCACUCGGCCGGCCCUUCUUCUUGCUUUUCUUGUUUUCGCCACCGCCGCCGGCACCGGCAGCAGCAGCUGCUGCUGCCGCAGGUGCGUCUGUCUGUGGCUGUUGCGGUGUCUGGUUGAGCGGGAGGGGCCGCUGGAAGGCCGACAGGUCCUGCGGCUGCUCACGCGGCUUCUGGUUGUCGACGAACUCGAGCAGGAACAGACGCAGGGCGAGGUCGGCACUGAUGAAGCCCGUGUCGGCCUGCACGGCCGACUGGCCCCAUGGCUGAUGCAACUGGCUGCUCCUGAUGGAAUAGACAGACGGACGACAAGAGGCAGGUGCAGCAGGGGGCGAGGGAGGGAUGCGACGAGGUGUUAGUGUUAGUGUGUGUGUGUGUGUGUGUCUUCGGUGGUGCGUUUGUGUGUACUUGAACAUGGCCGUUGCCUGUCUGCGGAGAAAAGAGGGGUCACAAUCAGUGUCAAUGCCAGCAUGUGGUGGCAGCUUGGGGAGAUCCAGGGGGUUGGCCAGCAUCACGCCGCCAGACAGAAUCUUCGUCAAACGACCUACAGCCUGCACACAAGCCAAUGCAGCGCGCACCGCACCACCCCUGUUGUGUGUGUGUGUGCCUACGCACCUACCUUGCCCUUGAGAUGUACACAGAAUUCUCUGACGACGGCUCGUUUGCCGUCUUCAUGGCCUCUGUGGUCGUUCUGCUGCACGACCUCCCUCUCGUGCUGGAACAGCAUGGCGCAGAACCACUUCACAAAGGCGGGAGCCGACGGCCACAUCGGACUCAGACACGCCUACACCCAUCCCAUCCGGCCAUGGACAGACACCACCACACACCACGGCAGUAUGAUUGAAGGGCGGUUGGGUGCUUGUGGUGUGCUGACUGACUGACGUACGUCGCAAAAGUCGAGCAGGAGGUUCUCUGCGAUGCUGCGGUGCUCACCGCUGUCACAGCGCAACACACACCUGGGACCAUUUAUCCAUCCAGACACACCCACACAGGGACAACACACGCCCCCACACCCCUGCAGUAUCUGUGUCUGCUGGCCUUCACAUCAGUGACACCUACGUGUGGUAGAUAUGCGAUGCCAGCUCGUUGGCGGCGGCGCGCAUGUCCCUGGCCUUGUCCAGGAGGAGGUCCUUGCGCCUCUUGGCCUCGGCGUGGAACUGCUCGGACCGAUCUGCUUGACCACACACGGAAUGCGCCAACCUGUACCCCACCCACAAAGGGAGAGCCACAGCGAGCGUACCGUACAGCCAGCACAUGGGUGGUGCCUCCCUCCCUCCCUCCCUCCCUGUGUGUCUGAUAGAUAUCACUGACUGACUGACCUCAUCAUGACUUUGGCGUGUCGGCUGAGGUCACGGUCGGGGUCGCACUGGCCACGCCGUCUGCAGGCAACAGAUCACAUGUGUACACAUGACUGACAGGGAUGGGGGGAUGUGUAUUGAUUGGCCGGGAGUGACUGAGUGAGUGAGCACCUUGAUCCGCCGAGUUUGCCGGUCAUGGGCACGUCAGCUAUCUUGGCAGCCGCAUCCUGAUCGACACCACCCACCCACACGCGAACACACCACACACCAACAGUGAGACAUGGCUGGGUGGAGCCCCCACCCGAAACAGUGAGUGCCGCAGGUCGCGGAAACGACAGCAGAUCUGCUCACUCGGUCGAAGGACAAAAAAAGGAAACAGAGAAGACACGCUCUCUCAUCGGGCGGUGCCGCCGUGUUGAUUGGGCUUCGCUUCUGUCUUACGGUGACGAUUAUGUCAAUAGCGUAGGGCGCGACGGCCUCCUUGGCCUCAGACAUGAAGGCCAGAUCGAGACACGCCGUGAUCAGCUGCACACACAAAGACACACACGCAUCCAAUCCACCGAUACAUCGACAAGUGGUGGGCAAGGGCAGGCAGGCCGACCUACCUGGUGUUUGAUGACGUCAUUGGGAGGGGCCACACACAGCCGCUCGUGCAGGCGCUUUCACACAUAAAUGACCACACGCAGACAGACAAACACUUGAAUGGUCAGUCAACAAGCUCGCCGUCCGGCGGCUGUCUAUCUGUGUCGUCAUUUUUGUCAUCAUCGCUCACAGACCGACCGACCUUGAGGACGUGUAUGAGCCGCUCCACCAGCACGUUGACACUCGCUUGCGACAGGCUGACGACAGACGCACACCACACCAUGCAAUCAAUGCACUAACUCUCAAGGGACGCACUGCCACACACGCCAUUCGUCCAUCGUGCAGCUCAGCUGGCUUGCCGACAUUUUGUUCAGGUUGACUUGGACGGGCUUGCCAAACUUGUCUGCAGGCAGGCAGGGGACCGUACACACGUGUGUGUGUGUGUGUGUGUGUUGAUCGGUUGGCCCUCACUGACUGACUGACUCACCGACGGUGUCGACGGCGGAGGGGAUGGUGGUGCGCGAGUGGACCUUGAGCAGCUGAACCGCAGACGCCUCGAGCUGAGCAACCGACCGACCGACCAACGGACACACACAGACAGGCAGGCAGUUUCCAUUCUCUGCUGAGGUUCUAUUGGUUACAUCUUCUUUGGCGACGGAGCUUGUGAGGCCUGGGAUGAGGGUGCCCUCCAGAUAGCACCGGAGGUACGCAAGCGACGCAUUCAAACACCUACACACACACAGCACAACAGGACAGGAGCACACCACACCACACCAUCGACAAUGUGUGUAUCCCGCUGACAAUAGAUAGAGCGUACACACCUGAUGUCAUUGUCUGCGGCAGCGAGGAAGUCCUUGCUCUUCCAUGCGGCCGUCCCGUCCUUUGUGGCCACACUCUUGCGCACCGCAUCCUACACACACAGAUGGACACACACAGAUGGACACUCAGACACACCACGACUGGUGUGUGCGCCAUGCACACAGACCGUGAGAUUGACGGCUGGUUUGAGCGUCGCCGCGGUCUUCAGGAUACCGCCGAAGUCCUUCACCAACUCAGACAACUUCGCCCACCCACCCACACACACACAUGCACACGCAUCUGUCCAUGCGUGGACGUGGGCGUGGUUGUGGUUGCUAUCUACCUGGUUUGCGAGCGUCUGUGUGACUCGGUUAUCGUGCAUCAUUGCACGGUACCUCCGCACCUUACUCGCCAGCCUGCCAACAACACAGACACCGCGCACACACACACACGAUAGAUGGGAACCUCUCCAUCUGUUGUCUGUCUGUCUGUCUGUCUGUGUCACUCGAAGACGGUCGUGUCGAGUGCGAUGUAGCCCUGCGGCCCCGGGCUGGUACUCCUGUGUGAGUGACAACAACACGCAGGACACAUCGAUGGUGUGUGCGAGAGAGGUGGCGAUCCACUCAUAUGUGCCUUUCAUGCCCUCACUCACAGCUUCUGUUUCAGCAGGGCGGCAAACUGCUUCACCUCCUCCAAUAUGUCGAUAUCUGACACACACCCGUCACGUCCAUCACACCCACACACCACACACCACCCACCAGCACACAUCCAUCUAUCCAUCCAUAGAUAGCGCCCCUCCCCACCGCUCACUGACUGACCGCUGUUCGGUGCCAUGUCCAGGUCCUCCGUCCGCAUCACCACCAUCAUACAGUCCUCCUCGCCAUCCUCAUCCUCCUCUCCCACACCAACAAGCGGCUGGGCUGUGGAUGCGGGCGCACCAGCACCACCACCACCAGGAGCAGCAACAGAAGCAGCGGGUGCCACCGCAUGUGAGUGUGCAUGUGCCGCUCUGGCGUCGGGAGAGCGUGGCGCCGAGGCGAGGUGGGUGUUCUCGGUGUGUGGGAGGGAGGGGUGGGGAAUGGGGUGUGGCUGGGGGAGUGGCACCGACACCAUGUCGAUGAACGACCGGAGGUCCUGGCGGGAGACGAUCGGGUCAACCUGCUCACUGUUGAGAGCGUAGCGCAAUUAACCACACACACACAACACACGCACAGCACAGCACAGCACAUGUGGGGAAGCAGUGGAUGGAUGGAUGGAUGGUUGGCCAGCACCCACUCCUUAUAUGUACCUUGGGUAGCCCUUGUUGACGAGCUGUUCCCUCAUCUCCUGCCACUCCUCCGCCGUCCAGCUGAAGUUCAUUCUGUUGGCCGUCGGCGCGGGGUUUGGGUCGUGCAGCAGCGGGUCGUUGUGCGGACCGCUCCUGCCGCCGCCCAGGAUAGAUCCGGUCGUCAACAGCUCGAACCGACGGCUGCUCAUCCUCCGAUGUAUCACAUCAGCACACCGCCAUCGUCAACUCUUGAUGAGCAAGGCCGCUAACACGCAACACAGCAAGCAACACAGGCUGUUGGAGACGGCCAAAGAAGACGCUCGAAACGAUGCAGACGAACGGGCAGUGUACCACUGAGGCUGUUGGUGCGGCCCUCACUGCGACGUUCGAU